AGAUGCCUUGUCUGAUGAAGAAGGAUGUGUGGGGAUAUCAGCCGCGAAGGCCGACGGCCGCGCCUCCGCUGCGUCAGUCUGCGCGCAGCCGCCGCCUUCUCUGCUCGUGUGCUCGCGAUCUCUGCACUACUUUACAAGACGGCCUUGGCGCUAUUUCGACUAGUUCCCGCGCUACACUCUACCUAACUCACGUAUAACAAUCCUGAACUAGUGCACAUAAUGUCGACUGCCGUGGAGAACUUCGCGGUGGGGGGAGAGGCGCGAGUCAACGGACACGGCUCGCAACUCAACGGCUCAGCGCGACACAACGGCUCAGCUCAACUCAAUGGCUCAGCGUAUCUCAAUGGCUCAGCGUAUCUCAACGGCUCAGCACAACACAACGGCUCAGCACAACACAACGGCUCAGCACAACACAACGGCUCAGCACAACACAACGGCUCCGCGGGGCGCAGUCUAUGGGAUGCGCAGUUCCUUCCGCCCCCUUUGGUGUUAGAAGAUCGCGCUCGUGCUUUAAAGGUGCAGGCGCGGCUGUCGGGGCUGGUGCUGUGCGGCCAGGCACUGGUACGCGUCGGGGAGACGUUCUCGCGCGAGCUGGAGCGCGGCCUGUGCGGCCUGCCCUCCAGUCUGCAGAUGGAGAACACCUACGUUCCCGAGCUGCCCGACGGCACCGAGGAGGGCGUGUUCCUGGCGCUGGACCUGGGCGGCACCAAUUUCCGCGUGCUGCUGCUGCAGCUGGCCGCCGGGCAGCUGGUCCGGGAGCACGUCCGGCAGUACCACAUCAGUGACGCGCUGCGCAUGGGGCCGGGCGAGGAUCUGUUCGGUUUCCUGGCGGAUUGCGUACAGGACUUCCUGCGCGGCGAAGGCAUGGAGGAGCAGGAACUCUCGCUCGGGUUCACGUUCUCGUUCCCGAUGCGGCAGCACUCGAUCUCCUCGGGCGAGCUGCUGACGUGGACCAAGUCAUUCUGCUGCGGCGGCAUGGCGGGCUGCGACGUGGCGGCGCUGCUGCAGCGCUGUCUGCUGGCGCGCGGUCUUCGCGUGCAGGUGCAGGUGUUGCUCAACGACACCACCGGCACGUUGGUCGCCGGCGCCCACCGCGACCCCGACGUCGGCAUCGGAGUGAUCAUGGGCACGGGCUCCAACGGGUGCUACGUGGAGCGAGCGGAGCGCGUGCAGCACUGGGAGGCGGCUCAGCGGCGCGCUCGGGACGUGGUCGUGGACGUGGAGUGGGGCGCCUUCGGGGACAACGGCUGCCUGAACUUCCUGCGCACGGACUACGAUUUGGAGGUGGACGAGCGCUCGCUGCUCACCGCCUCCUUCACGUUCGAGAAGUACAUCGGCGGCAAGUAUCUGGGCGAGCUGCUGGGCGUGGUGCUGGGCGCGCUGGCGCGGGAGGGCCUGUUCCCCGCCGCGCCCUCGCCCGGCGCCCUCACCACCGCCCACCUCAGCAUGUUCGAGGAGGAGAACUGCGCCGGCACGUGGCGGGACACGGCGGCGGCGCUGGGCGCGGCGUGCGGCGCGGCGGGCGGCGCGGCGGGCGGCGCGGCGGGCGGCGCGGCGGGCGGCGCGGCGGGCGGCGCGGCGUGCGGCGUGCACGUGACGCGCGCGGACGCGCUCGUCGCGCAGCACGUCGCGCGCGUCAUCUCCAACCGCGCCGCGCAGCUCGUCUCCGUCUGCGUGGCGUGGCUGCUGCGGCGCAUGGCGCGCGAACGCGUGGCCGUCGCCGUGGACGGGUCCGUGUACAAGCGACACCCGCGCAUCCAGCACCUCAUGAACAAGUACGUCGCGCUGCUCGCGCCCGACCACCCCUUCACGCUGCUGGGGACUGAGGACGGCAGCGGCAAGGGCUCGGCGCUGACGGCUGCCAUCGCCGCGCGGGUCGCCGCGCGCCACCUGCCCUAGCCCCGUCCGAUCUAGGGCGCAUCGCCUGCCCUAGGGCGCACCAUUCGCCCUAGGGCACACCGUCUGCCC